UUCACUAAGCUUAGUUACAAUCCGAUCAUUGAAAUGUGCACAACUGUUGAAAAACUACCAAAUCCUUCGUACCGCUUGGCCACCGUAGCUGAUCGUGAGGAUCUUCGCUCGGCACUGUUGCGCUUUUUCUACCCGGAGGAAGGCUUGAACGUUUGCUACUACGGCGGAAGUGAGGCCGCUCCGGACGAUGUCGAGUACUACGUGAACCUGAUCGACGAAGGGUGUACGGAGCUGGCCAUAGAUCAGGGAACGGGUCAGAUCGUAGGUUUCAGCAUUGGUGGACUGGUAGAAGACCAAAGUUUUACCAAUUCGUCAGUAAAGACGGAAAAGUUUGCGGAUAUUUUAAAGUUUCUUGAAUUUAUGGCGAAGAACGCAAAUUUGGCGAAACGAUUUGGAGUGACGCACAUUUACAGCAUCUACGCAGUCGGAGUUGAUCCACGGUUUCGCCAGCAAGCCAUUGCCACCGCCCUGAUGGAGAACCAGUUCGAGAUGGCUCGAAAGAAGGGGGCUGCGCUGGUUUCGGCGGACACUACCGGAAUUAAGUCUGCGGGCUUGGUGAAGAAGCUGGGCAUGGAAGUUGUCUUUUCGAUCGCGUUCAACGACUACCGUGACGAAGUGGGCCGACAGAUAUUCGUGAGUUCGGGUUCGGAACUGACAGUUCAAACAGUAGUGAAACGAUUUUAGAAGUGUUGAAUAAAAAAAAUUGUGCUUGCUGUUCACUA